UUUCUUCAAUUUUUUGCCCAGAGAACGCAAAAGGCACAUUUGCUUUAUCUGCUUCAAGUUAUAUUUUUACGUAUAAUGUCGGCAUCUAUUUUAAAGGCAGGGACAUUUAAACACAUUACUUGCCGUAAUAAUAUUUACCCAAAAAGUACUCUGCAACGUUUUCCUGUUCCAGAUGAUUUUGUCUUCUGGUCAGCUGAGUAUGUAAACUAUUCGCCUCCAAUUUAUACUGCGCGGCACAUAAAUGGACAACCUUGGGCCGAUCCGGACAUCGAUUUUGCCGAUUUUCAACCUAAAUGGAAUCAGCUAGAUGGCGCUGUAAAUCGUGUAUCAUUCAACGGAAUUUACAAAAUUGAAAAUGGGCUUCCCAUAAAUCCUAUUGGACGUACCGGGUUGAGUGGUCGAGGAUUACUAGGGCGUUGGGGACCAAAUCACGCAGCCGAUCCAGUAGUCACACGAUGGAAACGCAACGCUAAUGGCGACGUAUCUAUAAACAGUGAUACACAAAAAAAAAUUUUACAAAUGGUCGCAAUACAGCGCCAUGAUAAUAAUAUGUGGGCCAUACCCGGAGGAAUGGUUGAUCCUGGUGAGAAGAUUACCGCAACUCUUAAGCGUGAAUUCAUGGAAGAGGCUCUAGAUAGUUUCGAAAAUCAAAAAGUGAUUGAAGAGUUCUUCGCGAAAGGAAAUGAAAUAUAUAAAGGAUAUGUAGAUGAUUUUCGUAAUACAGACAAUGCAUGGAUGGAGACAGUUGCCUAUAAUUUUCAUGACGACAGUGGAGCUCAGGUGGGAAAAUUGGCUCUCUCGGCAGGAGAUGACGCCGCAAACGUUAAAUGGUUGGAUAUUGAUAGCACCAUAAAAUUACACGCAAACCAUAUUGACAUUAUUAAGGAAGUUAUAAAACGAUUAAACGCCUAUUGGUAAAGAAUAAAUAUAAUAAGCCUUAAA